AUGGAGCCUUCAACUCUGACGGCUCAUGGCUCGCUAGCCGUUCUAUUGAUUCUGCCAGCAUAUCUCGCGACACUGGUUCAGGCAGCUUGUGCACCAUAUCCUGUUCCCAUACGACUCGGCAAUGUUUCAUUGUCAAACGGCCAGGUAGCAAGAGGCUUAGAACUAGCCAUUGGGGAACCCGAGCAGAAGUUCGCUUUCAUCCCACAGAGUGGCCAAAACGGCACGUUGUUGUACGGCACCAACGGUGUUUGUACUCUUCGCGGCUCUGACAAGUGGUCCAAGGACGGCUGUACUUCCUUUCGAGGAGGUUCUUAUGAACCACUCGCAUCAAAGACAAGCAAAACGACAUCACACGAUGCAAUCCCUGAAGAUGACGGAUGGCCAGAUGUCAACCCUGUCGUUGAUACGAUGAAACUUAACAGCAACCUUACGCUCGAUAACCUGGCCAUGGGUACAGCGAUGAGCGAUUGGGAUACUCAAGGCUAUUACGCCAUGAUGGGACUCGGAUUAGGAUCAAACUCUACCAUAUUGAGGGUUCUAAAAGAGUCAGGCAAAAUUGCCUCGCGAACGUGGAGUCUCUUUUGGGGCCGCGGCUUUGGAAUGUCCUCUCAGCUGGACGGUCAUCUUAUAUACGGCGGUUACGACCGAGCAAAAGUGUCCGGAAAGCGAUACACCCAGUCCCUGACGCCCAACAUUGCUCAGUGCAAGUCACAACUCGUGGUGACAGUCACGGAUCUGACUAUGAACUUCGAUAACGGUACAGACGUCAGCAUUUUCCCGUCAAAGUCGAGCGCCAUCUCCACCUGCAUCAACCCAACGCUUCCGCUGAUGAUGAGGAUGCCUCUGGAUCCUUACUUCUAUAACUUUCUCGACUAUACGGACAAUACCAUCGAAAACAUGACUCGCUCCCUCGGGUAUCACUACUGGAACAUGAAAUACCUUCCCAACCAAAAGCCAUACGACGGUGCUCUAACAAUCACACUCUCUUCCGGUUUAAAAAUCCGUGUGGACCGCGAUAACCUCGUUCUACCACCCGUACUACUCGAUGAGCAAACAGGAGAGAUGCUUGUCAACGCAACAGAGAAGGAUAUGCUCAUCGACUCCAUGCAGGAUGUCAACAAGAACGAUAUGGCGCAGCUCGGCUGGCAGUUCCUCUCCGCCGCCUACCUUCAAGUCAACCACGACACUUCCGAGUUCUCGCUCUGGCAGGCAAACCCCACGUGGAGCCAAGACAUCGUGGCUCUAGACUCCGGUGACAACGACGUCACCGACUUCUGUUCUUCCCAGUCCAGCGAAGGCAACAAGACCGUGAAUGGCGGUGGGGACGUCGGCGGCAGUGGGGAGGGUAGCGGGAAUGACUCGUCGGCAAGCACAAGCUCCCCGGGCCUCUCUCGCGGAGCUAUCGCCGGGAUUGCCGUUGGCGGAGCCGCAGUUGUGGCCCUCAUCAUUGGAACUGCAGUAUGGUUUCUCAAGAGAAAGAAGUCGAAGGCCCCUUCAGUACCCUCGCCGGGAAUGGGGCAGAACGCAUCGUGGCUGCCACAGCCUCCAGGCCAAGACCUUCCACCCAAGACACCACCAAGGUGCGAGUUGGAAAAUGGAGAUACCACAAACUUCCGGCGGUAUGAGAUGGCGGGAUGA